CCAGGCUUUACAAAGGAAAGGAGAGAAAAAAACAAGGCUUCAGAACUGUGGCAGCAGAAGCAGGGACACAGGCCGUCCAGACAGGAUCCACUCCUCCAGCCACUGCAGUAAAAAACCUUCCCUUUAGUCAUCAUUCAACACAUGUUACCAGCGAUUUGGUGCUUUAAUUUGAGUGACUGGGAUUUGGCUAUAAAGCUGUCUCUGAAGGAAGAAAAGCAGAGAUCUGUGAGCCUGACCACCAACUGUUUUAUUUCCCAGGAGAGUUGGCAGGUGCUGUCAGGAGUGCUCCUUGUCUUGAAUUCUGAGGUCCCUUGAGAAUCUGAAGAAAUGGCUGCAGCAGCAGUGGCUGGACUGAUCCCUGUGCUACACUCAGUGGCUGGCGACAAGUCUAGUUACUACGUCGGGCGCCAGCUGUGGUUUGGCUUCAUUGCGGUGUAUGGAGUGGUAGUGUAUGUGGUCCGCAUGCCCUGGGCUCCCAUCCAUGAAGAUUUCUGGUGCCAUGGCAACAUUACCAAUACGUGUUUGAUUGAGUGUUUUGAACAAAGUUUUAGCAGUCCUGUAGUGGGAGUUUGGUACUUCUUUUUCUUUAUUUUCUUGGCCCUCUUCUUUCUCAUGGAAUUCUUCAUGGCUCAGAUUCGUCACAAGCAGAUGAAGGCCAAGUCAGUGGACCAAGUGGCAGGUGAAGUGGAGGAAGGCUCCAUGGUGGGACUCCAGGAGCACAUCCCUUCCCCGAAGAAGUCCAUCCUGAGCUUCCACCAAGAGAAGAUGCUUUUGCUUUUGUACCUCCUUUACUUCCUCCUGCAGGUUGGCGCACAGUGUGUGUUUUUAUUUUUUCUCAUGUACCAACACCUGCCCUUGGUGAGCCAAGCCAUCAUUCACUGCAGCACCAAGAGCUGUCCUGGACCCUAUAUCUGCCUGAUCAGGGGUACCAUGGAGAAGCGAAUGUCCAUCUACACCCUCAUCACCUUGUCCUUCAUGAUCAUUCUCUUCUGUUCAGGUUUCUUCAUGUACAGCAUCCACCAUUACCUGUUAAAAGGGUUUGCCAGUGCUAAGUUUUGGCUUCACUAAUGUUUGGAGUUCUUAUUGAGAGUCUUUCCUCCCUUACACUAGGACAUUUGUGUUCCUUUAAAUAUUGUGUCUGGGGCAGGGCUUCUUGCUGCUAUUUCUUUGCUU